AUGGCCUCCACCAGGUCCAGCUACAUCCUCCUCUCGGCUGCAGUUCUGCUGUCCGUCCUCGCCACCGCGGCUGCCAGGACUAACUGGUGUGAGCCAGGGCAGGUCAUCCUGCUCAACCCGCUCCUGAGCUGCCGCACGUACAUGGUUCGCCGGGCCUGCGGCGUCAGCAGCGGCCCCUUCGUCCCCAUCCCGGUGCUGAAGGAGAGGUGCUGCGCGGAGCUCGAGAAGUUCGUGCCCUACUGCCGGUGCGGUGCGCUGAGGACCAUGAUGGACGGCAUGUCAGGCGGCGCCACGAUGACGGCGACCUGCUCUUGGGGUGGGCUGCUUGAACUCGCCCCGACCCUCGUGUCGGAGACGGAGUGCAACCUGAUGACCAUCCACGGCCGGCCCUUCUGCUACGCGCUCGGAGCUGAAGGAACAACAACCGAUUAG